UAACUCGGUAAAUAUAUAAUAAUAUCUUUCUCAUUUUAUCUCUCUCUCUUUCUAUAAUAACGCCUCAAAUCCGCUGAAAUCCGGCAACAAUGUAUUCCAAGGGGGCUACAAUUAGCCGCUCCGGGAAAAACCAGUUGACUGCAGUGAAAUGUCGUUUAAAGAGCCGAUGCAAUAAAGUCGAUUUGUUUUCGCAUUGAAACCUGCUUUUAUUUAUCAACUAAUUAAGUCAAGGAACCGUUGAAUCAGCGCUUUCUGCUGCUAUUGAACUUGACUUGGUUUUUAUUGAGUUGAUUUGACAGAUUAACAUGGUUUUGCUCGGGCUCUAUUUGACAGUGGCUGUCACUUGGGCUGUGUCAACUUGUCAAAGGGGCUGGCCUGAAACUGGCAGCUGUCAAAAUGGUGCGGGCUCAGGUUGACGCCCCCAGCCUGCUGCGAACGUGUGAAUAUUUGCUUUGGAAAACUCCAAAACAUUGCCAGUCAUGGUCGAGAGGCGUUUGCUCCCUGGCAACCUCCACUGCGUGCGCUUUUGGUGUUCAUUUCCCUGACAGGGUUUCUAUAAAUGAUCAGCUGCGGUCAGCGAUCGGCUCAGUAAACCCACAGCUCAGCAAUGAAGUUGAUGUUGCUAUUCAGCUGCGCUUUGUGUGCAAUUUUCCAACGCAUCUCAACAGAAUGCAUCAACUUGGAGAGGAUUUUCCGCACCCCCAAGGACAUGUCGAAGAUCAACUUCGACCACCUGGAGCUGGUGGAAAGGAGCGACUUCGACCGCUUUGACACUUCGACCACUAAGCCGCCGGCGACCACGCCCCCCCAGCAGAGCGGCCCCAAUGUGGCCAACGCGCAGGUCGUGGUGCGGUUUGGAGGGGAUGAGGGCCACCCCAGCAGCCACAUCAUGCGCAUACCCCCACACGCCAGAUAUUUUCCCGGCGGCCAUGAGGUGUUCUACCCGCCGCCGCCCCUCGGCUACAACCACUACUACCACCCGUACCCGCCCCCAGUGCCUUUUGUGUUCCCCAACUACUAUUUCCGCGACACCAGCGCGCACUUCCUGCCGCCCCCACUGAGCGACUACUUCCAAAGACACCCCGAGUUCUUCAAUCCUGCCGGGCAGGUUUUUAUCCAGGGCCGCCCUUUGAGGAGGGAGGAGGUGGGCGGCAGCAUUCACAUAGUCAAAGUAGCAAACGGCCGAGAUGCAAGAAGCGCAGCAGCGCCUCCAAGCGCGGUUCCAGUUGUUGUUGUAGGGGCGGCAAAGGGCCGCACCCCCAUCGCAAAGCGAAGCUGCCAGGCGGAAACGGCGUCUGUAAAGAGUAACCUGGUGAGUGGCGAAGAGGGCAGCAAGUCCUUUGGAGGCCUGGGGGAGCUUCAGAAGAGGCCCUGCAAGGCCGCGAACUUCACGUCGAAACCCUCCAAGCGGGAGGAAGAACUUGACUUGGGGCUACCGCCCUCUACAGAUAAAGAGGCGGAUUUCUCCCUGGGGGAGCAAAAGGGCGACACGGUGACGAUCGUUGUGGCUCUGGAAGACGCUGAGCCUUCCUUCAUUCCACACUCUCAGUUCCCAGACAUCCAGCUGGCUUUGAACUGGGGCGGACUGCUUCAGAAGAAACCUCCCGUGGAGGUUCACCCUGCGCCCACUUUGCCAGAGAAGCCCCCUCGAACCGAUGCAAAGGGGCGAGUUUUGGAGAAAAAAGCGUCUGGGCCGGAGGAGUUUUCGUAUUUUUUCCUGCCGGAGCCUAACGUGGUUCUGCGCCCCGUGCAGAAAUGCCCAGGCGUUGCGAGAGAUGGCGUGGCGGUUCCACCCCUGGUGUGCACCAAGUGCGGUCAGCGCCUUGCUGGGGGCAACUUUUGCAGCCACUGCGGCUGUCCGGCGGUGCUGGAUUGGCCUUUUUGCGCCUCAUGCGCACCUUUAGCCUAAGAGAAACGACCGUAACAAGAAUUUGGCGAUUUUCUUUUAA